CUAUAGGUUUAAGGGUUACUGGCAGGCAUGCUCGGGGUAAACCUUAAAGCCUAUAGAUAAAAUAUUGCUUUUAUUUUCUUGUUUAGUUGUAAUAUUCUGCAAUAAAACACAGGACACUCCAGGUGUUCAAAAACCUUUGAUUGGCAAUGUAUUUAUAAAACAUUUGUUCAUUCAUGUUCAGUAACCAAUUUAUUCUGGUCAGGGUUACAGUGGAUGCAGUCUAUCCCAGGAGGUGGCAAUACCCCCUGGAUUGGACGCCAGUCCAUUGCAUGCUCAUUCACCACUAGGGGCAAAUUAGUGUAGCCAAACUUACCAGCAUGGUUUUGGACAGUCGAAGGAAACCGGAGAACCUGGAGGAAACCCAUGCAGAGUAUGCAGAGAGAACAAGCAAAAUUCUAAACAUACAGUAACCCAAAUUCAGGAUCAAACCAGGGACCAUGGAGCUGUGAGCCAGCAACACUAUCCACUGCACCACACCACCAUGCUGUUUCUGCAUACAAUUUCUGCAUACAGUUGUCUAACAGGGAUAUGAUACUUGUUUUUCAAACUGUGUCUAUUUACAAUUUCCCUGGUAUGUACUGUUCAUCAUAGCAAUGUUUUCUAUUGAAAAGCAGUUUACCAUCUUCAGCAGCAGCAUACACAUGAAAAAGAGGCUUUGUUGUUUACCAGCCUACUCCAGUAUACAGUGUAUGUGUGUGUGUGUGUGUGAAAGAAAGAAAGAGUAUGGCUGAGAGGGAAAGAAGUUGGGUGUCAGAUCACAUCUAAAUAGUCAGUAGCCAUGAGUUGUGCCCGGGAUAGUGGAAAAGCCAGGCGACCCAGUGGGACAGACCAUUAUAUUUAUAGAGAGAGAUGAGAGGCUUGACCUUCACUGUUCAUUGAGGAUCAACCAUUUAGAGCAAUAACUCAACAUACUCAAUACUGUAGAUACAAGUCUCCUAUAUGGUGUUUGCCACAUGUUCUCCAAUACCUGCCUUGAGCUCAUUGUUUCUUUUGGUUCAGUAACUGGUUUGUCAAUUACAUGCUUCAAUCAUUAUUUUUAUACUCUGUAGUGUUAGAAUUUCACUUUAUAAAUACUUUAUAAACUGAUAAUAAUAUAAACUCUUUAAUAUCUGUACUAGAUUUGAUUCAAAGCCAUAUAACAUAUGCAUUAUCUCAUGCUAUUUAAACUCUCCCAUUCAUAGCAGCACUCAGUUGGUUUUUGAAAUCCAAACUUGGUACUCAUAGCAGGGCAAAUGUUUUUAAUUAUGUAAAUUGUUUUAUAUUAUGCAUUUAAAUGACAAAGACAUUUGAUUAAAGGUUUAUAUGAUACAUAAUGGAUUUAUCUUUGGCAAAGGUAACAAUUAAUAUAUGAUUGAAAUUUGUCAUAAGGUAACUUGUGAUUUUCAGUCAAGCAUUAUCAUGUGUUGAGAGUCUUGUCAGCAUAUGGCAGACCCCUUGAAUAAGUCUUUUAUAUUGUUGCAUUGAAUACUUUUUAUUUUAUAUAAUUUUGUAAGCAUUUUGUUUAGAGGCACAACUCAACUCAUGGUGUACAUACUUAUCUAUGCAGUGCACACUGAAUGAAUGAUGUCUGUGCACUGCUUUCCAUGCCUUCAAAAGUGGUCUUCACUGUGGGCUGUUGCAUAACCCCUAACAGGGCCCCUUUGCUAUUUUUGUUCCUGGAUACACGUCUCAGUGAGGUAUUUUCUGUGGCGACUCGCUUACAUCAGUAGGUCUGAUAGUGUACCCUCAAUACACACGAUGUGGAUCAUUGAUGGGGCUUAUCUUUGGCUUAUUUGGCUUUAAAACUGCUUUCCUUGAGGGUGACAUACUGGAAUAUGGAAGAUGGGAAUUCUAAAGGGAGCUGGAAAUGACUGGAGAUAUUGGACAAGGCUGUAUUUGAACACCAGGUUUGUAAAUGGCAAUCGAUAUGUUUGAUGUUGUUGUAGCUGUGCUUGCUAGAGGGUGACUUGCCAGUUUGAGUCUGUCCUUGACUGCUCUGCUCUUAUUCACCAUGUAAUUCAUCCAUCAUGCAGUCCUCCAGUCUUUCCUGAAGUGCCACUGUGGAUGUCAUUUAUAAGACUGCUUGAUUUUAUAAGUUGCCAGGCUUUGGCUCUUGUGACUGCUGAUACAGUGGGGUGCUGAUACAUGACGUAAUGACAUUCCCCUGACUCUGGCUAUAUUUUUCAGUGACUUGCUAUUGAAUGUUUUUCACUCUUCAUGUUGUAGCUGGUGGUGUUCGUGCAGAUGUGUAGGAGUGUUGUCAAAAUCGGAAGUGGUAACAGUUGGUCAAACCUUUACACUUUUCAUUCAUAAGCUCCCAGAACAGUCUAUGAUGACAAUAAUGAUGGAAAACAUGAUCCUAUAUACAUUUAAUUGUUUUUAUUCCUUCCUGUAGUCUAUGAUUCCACAUUUAGAAGAUAUCGUCAACCAUUCUGUGGUUCAGAAAUGAUCACCGUGAAUGAGAGCACACAGUUACAUUUGUUUUUUUUUUCAUGUCUUUCACUCAUUUGUCCACUCAUUAAUUCAUCCCCCCGCGCAGAGGGAGACCCAAGAAUGAGAUCAGAGUGACCUUGAGAGGAAUGCUGGAGAAUCCUAUCACCUCUAGAGACCCCUCUAUACCACCUCCACCUCUUUGUACAAAGUGAAUUGUGACAGUGGCAAUGUUUCAAAGUAAACUAAAAUAACCUGGAACUGGUACUUAGGCCUAAAAGUACACUGAAGAAGGAAUAAAACCAGAAAUGAAAACAGUGGAAAGAAAAUUACCCACCAUUUUUUGAGAAUCAAGCAACCAGCCUGAAGACUACAUCUGUACUUUUUGGAACUUAUGGCACUUAAAAAAGAUAUUACACCAAAUUAAUUAGGAUUUUUUUAUACUAUUGGAUCCUGCAAAAUGAAGUAGCAAAGAUGUAGCAGACAUAAGUAUUGAUAUUUUAAAAAAUAUAUUUGCAUCAUGGAGACUCCUGAACCCGCUAUUGCAGUAGGAUGUUCCCCACAGGGAGGCACUUUGAAAGAAGAGAAACACUCUGAUUCUGAAAUGGCCCAAAGAGAUCAUUUUCCUGGCACCAAGGACAAAAUACCACUAACAGAAAGACCCCACAGAGAUGAUUUGAGGUCAUGUCCCAGCACUGAGACACAAACAGUGGGGUCAGGAACUAGUCCCCCCUUAGAAGCCAGUGAAGAGAAUCCAAUCUACACAUGGAGGAAGACACAGCGGUUCCCUCCCCCUGGCAAACGUUUCCAAUCAAAUGUUAACCUCCUGUCAGUGGGUGUGCACAAAAAAGAGCUGAAAGUGAAGAAGACAGGAAAGUAUGUGUGUCAUUACUGUGGGAGAGCAUGCGCUAAACCGAGUGUGCUGAAAAAACACAUACGUUCUCACACUGGUGAGCGACCAUAUCCAUGUGUUCCUUGUGGUUUCUCAUUUAAAACUAAAAGUAAUUUGUACAAACACAGAAAGUCUCACACACAUGCUGUCAAAGCAGGAUUGUUUCCAUUUUCAGAGCAAGAUAGGAAGCUUAGUAGUAUGGACGAAGAAGUGACAGUAGGAGAAGGAGAAAUGCACUCAGAUGCUGAGCAGAGUACUGACACUGAUGAGGAGGUGAGAGAAGAGGCGGCUCUUGCACAGAGGCAGCCGAUGCACAGAGGCAGGUCUAUCCAAAUGAAGGACAGGGGGGAUAUUGUACAGGAAAAGUGUGGUAGACAUACACAAACGAUCCCUGGGAUAACCUUUACACACAGUUCAUCAAAUGAGAGUAUGUCAGGAAAAGUAUCUUUAUGGCAGUUUAGAGAAAAGAUGACACCUGUUAUUGUCACUCAGGUGGACCAAGAACUUGAGUCUUCUACCAUAAAGCAAAGACUAGCCCUUAGGCUUUCAGAGAAAAGAAGUCAAGAUUCCCUCUCUCUCCCUAGCUCAUACAGCAAAGGCAGCACUGACUCUGGCUACUUUUCACGCUCGGAGAGUGCAGAACAGCAGUUCAAUCAACCCAGCGCAAAUGCAAAGUCAUACCAAGAAAUUAUGUUUGGGAAGUGUUAUAGACCAAGCACCAAGCCAAGGCAAUCAAUCACUGUACAGACUUGCAUGACAGACAUAAAUGAGACUCCAUCCAGUUUUAUGAUUAAAUUGACCAAAGGAAUGGCACCUGAGGAAGCCACAUGCCAUUUGCCCAGACACAAAAAAGACUUGGCCAGAUCAAUAAAAAUCGAAUCAGAAUCUUUUCAAGAAGAAGAAUAUCAGGAAAUCCCAGAAAUGUUUCAGUGCAGGACUGAACUAUUAGAAACACCACCAGAAUGUGGUUUACUUUUACGGAGCAACUCUCUUCCAACACCAUCUGAUUCCAAUGUAAGUGCACCACAGGCGCUAAGAAGCAGUAAUUCUUUUGAUGAGAGGAUGACAAAUGAGGAAAUCUCGUUUCGUAGCUCCAUGGGCAUGAGAAAGCUUAUGAGACAGGCUGCCUUUGAGCAUUCUGCACAUGAAGGACAUGCAGAACUGGAUAACCACACUUUGGUUUGUGGCCUGAAAUCAGAGCCAAAAGUUGACAGUGCUGAUGAUUCUAAAAUUGGAAUAGAGAAUUGUCCAGAAUCGGAGUCAUGCCUCAUGUUUCAAAACCACAUGAUGGAAAAUGCUACAAGGAAACGUAGAAAAGGAAAGAACAUUAUGGAAGAGGAAGAUUUUCCAACCCAAAAUAAGCCUUCAUGCUUGCCUGACCUCACAGGGGACCUUUGUACAAAGCAAGAUAUUCCGGAUGCUUCAUAUACUGACACAGAGAGAUGGGCUGGCAGCAAUGUUAUCUCUGUAAUUCAACACACAAAAUCAUUAAGUAGGCCAGGUUCUGCAGAGAAGUCCACUGAUUUUGAGUCACAACAGUUCAAUAAAAGUACCCUUUACCAAUUAAUUGAAAAGGAGCAGAUUAAGGAGAAGUACAAAACUGACCCACUCAUGCAUUCUGGAAAAAUAGAGAGUCAAUACAGUGGAGGUAGUUUGAUCUACCAUUGGUCUCAUUUAUCUAAACAACUAGCGUUUCAGUCUGGCAUUCAAGUUCCAGAGAUUAGAGUUACUGAGGAGCCUGACAAACCAGAAAAAGUACGAGAUGUGCAGGUUAGACCAAAUGAAAAAAACAGAGAAGAAUUCCAGUGGCCUCAGAGGAGUGAAACUUUGUCAAACUUCCCAGUUGAAAAGCUACCACCAAAAAAGAAACGCUUGCGUUUAGCUGAGAUGGAAUGUUCCUCUGGUGAAUCAAGCUUUGAAUCUGCUUGUACUAGUCUCUCCAGAAGCCCAAGUCAAGAUAGCAAUUUAUCUCACAGCUCAAGCUUUUCUCAAUCACUUGACAGAGAGGAUAGUAUGAAUGUCGCAUCUCCCGCUAAAUCGGAUGAGUUUAGUAAGUGCUUGGAGUUCUUGUCUGUUCCAGGAAGCUCACUAAGCCAACAGAGAGAGAUGAGGCGCUCUGCAUCAGAACAGGCACCCUGCAACUUACCCACUGAAUUACCAGAAUUUAGAAGUAAGUCCUUUGACUAUAGCAACCUUUCUUUUUCAACCAGCCCUAUCCAAAGUGACAUCUGUGCCAGUGAAUGUGGAUUUAAAGAACGGAGAAGAGGCUGUUUGGUUAGACAGGCUUCUUUGAGUGGUGAUCCAGAGACACAUGAUAAAUCUAUGGAGAUGAAUGCUACACAGGGAAGCUCAGAUGCAGUUGACAUGGGCAGGAAAAUGUCUUCACCAGACAAACAGUUUUUGUUGGACUUGUCUAGGAUGCCAGAGCAAAUCCCUCAUAAACAGCCUCUUCUUCCCCAGACUUUACAGAUGCAUCAAUGUCAUGGGCUAAAGCAGAAAAUAAAGAAAGAACCUGAAGAUUCAAAAACAGCAGAAGAUCCUAGAAUCGCUCUGGCAGAUCUACCGAAAGACCAUUCGCACAGUGUGACCAAUGUCUUGUCAACAAUAGCAGUCCUUUCACAAGCUCAGCCUGCUUUAGCCAAUCAGAGCAUGCGUGGUUUGUUAGUUCCAGUGAGAAUUCAGAUGCAAGUACCAUGCUAUGGAAACAUCACAUACACUAGUAUAUCUCAUAUUCUGGAUUCUCAAUAUGCGACAAACAUAAGACCUAAUAAUGUUAUCUCUCAAAGUCAAUGUUUAAGUGUUACAUCACAACAGAGAGUAGGUUUUGAUGUAUGUCAAACACCAGGACAUCCAAGAGGACUUCUGCACAACCCACAGUCAUCUCCUGCAAAACUUAAUACAGGCAUACCGCUGUCCUUGACCUCUAGAACCAUUUCAACUACAGAGGCUCCAAGCGGUGGAGCUAGUAAGCGAAUGCUUUCUCCUGCCAGUAGUAUUGAGCUCUUCAUUGAAGCAACUCAGCAAAAACGAGUCAAAGAUGAGAAUAUGUAUGGACAGAUUGUAGAAGAACUUAGUGCUGUAGAAUUAGGUCAUCCUGAUCUUGGAAUAGAGAAACAGAAGAAAGAGAGUAAGUCAACACAUGUACAAAAUCCAUCUGUGACUGUUGAAGAGAUAGAAAUGGAGGAUUCUAAUAUAGACUUCUACAAUAAAGCAGGCUUACCAUUGCCCAGCAGUGUUUCUCCAGAAGCAAUUUUAGUAAAUAAUUUGCCUAUACCUGUGCAGAUUGCUACAACAACCUUACCUAGAGAUAUUGCCAAUACUUGGAUACUAUCUCAGUUUCCAGGUCUUCACACUACAACACGUGUGAGUUGGUGUUAUCUCAAUUGUUCCAAACCAAACAGCACCCAAACAGCACCUCAUUUCUCUGUGUAUGCCUCUUGGUUUAUGAGAUGCCAUAAUCCAAAUCCACCAAGUCUCAGUACUGGAAAGGCUCUUGCCCUUCUCCAAUCUAAACAGUGCAAACAAAAUGCCACAUAUACAAUCGCAGCAAUGCAUCAACCAGGAAUACUUGUUACUUCAACUUUGUCAAGUCACAAACAGGAACAGGGGACCAUUGAGGCUAGGGUAGGAGACAUAACAUAUGAUGCACAAAUGAAAGAUAUUAAGCAAAAAUGUAGACCUUCACGUGAUAAUAGCAAGGAAACUGAGGCCCCUUUAAGGCAAACAGAGCCUGCUCGGGUAAAGAUUUUUGAAGGAGGGUACAAAUCAAAUGAGGACUAUGUGUAUGUCAGGGGACGUGGCCGUGGGAAGUAUAUUUGUGAAGAGUGUGGUAUUCGAUGUAAAAAACCUAGUAUGCUAAAGAAACAUAUACGCACUCACACAGAUGUGAGGCCCUACAUAUGCAAGUGCUGUAACUUUGCCUUCAAAACAAAAGGGAACUUGACUAAGCAUAUGAAGUCAAAAGCCCACUUGAAAAAAUGCCUUGAGCUUGGUGUUUCACCCAUGAAUAUGGACAAUACAGAUGUUGCUGAACAUGAAGAUGAUGUACAGAAAUCAUCAGAGAUUAGACCAGUAAUGGAUGCAUCCAUUAAACAUCAGUUCUCUGAUGCGGAUGACUCAGAUGGUGGCGAGGAAGAUGGAGAUGAACCAGAUGAUGAUGAGGAUGAUGAAUAUGAUGGGGACUCUACACCAAGAACCCACUCCAGAAGCACAAGUCCUCAGCCUUACACAAUUAACAAACCAUUUCCCUCCAUCUGUUUCACUAAGAACUUGGAUCCUAAAGAAAGGCUUGAAGCAUCAUCAGUCAGUAAUGAGGAUGAUCUAACUCUUGAGCAAACAAGCACCUCAUUUGAUCCAUGCACACCUCAACUGCUCUCUCCUUGUUGGGACUCACCUCAUCAAAGAAACAUCUGUCUACGGGGGGAUCUGUGUCCACAAAGUCAUCUGACUCCAGGAAGGGCUCCCUCCCCCUUGAGACCCAUUUUUCCAAGGCGAGAUGUGAACAUUAGAGGGGAUCUCUCACCCAUUCGCCAGCUCUCACCUGUAAGACCCAUUUCGCCAAUGACAGAUGUAUCAAGGUAUCGCGCAUCCUCCCCACGUGGGCAACACAGAGGCAUGCUUAGGGCUGCAUCACCACGCAGGGGGACCUAUCAGCACAGAUCCUAUGUGGAUUCAAGCAGGGAGAUGAAAUGUGAAGCCUCUGCCCUAAGACAAUACAAUGCAAUGUACACAGAAAUGGAUAAGCGAGAGGCCAUUCUUCAAAAUGUCACUGAUGGUGUACGCUGUGGUGCCGACGCAUCCACCCUCCCCAGCCGAGGCAUUUUCAGCCACUUGCCUUUGCACUCUCAACAGCAGGUACAGACACCCAUCCCAAUGGUUCCCAUUGGAGGUUUAAGAAUGCCCUCCAUCUGCCCAUCUGGUGUUCCUGUAGAGGCACACUCUCAGUCACUACCACAGGGGGACAUAUCAGAAAGGGCUAAUUCCAGGCAAGCCUCAGCUUCUGUUCCAGGACCUGGAGUAAGUAACAUAUCAUCCCAGAGGAAAGAGCAGCCAACAUCUUGCACUGGUCUUGCCAGCAAGGACAACAAGCAGGAGGAAAGUGUCCACAUCUGUGCAGAGGCUAUUGCAUCCCUCAGGAUCACGUCAGAGGAUGUUAUUGGUAAUCCUCCAAAAAGCUGAUUCAAAUAGCUUGUUGCAAAACAUUUUGUUAAGUCAAGCUAAAUCAAGCUCAUAUGAUGAUUGUUGUUUUGGUAAGGUGCAAUAUGUGGCCAAAAGAAAUGAUAAGGCGUAUAUGCACAUAAUUUCAUAUAAAGAUGCACAGCACAUAUUUUAAUCUAACUGCCAUAUCAGAGUCACAUUUCCUAUAACCACCACUUAUUUUGUCUAUACAUAUAUGGCCAUAUAAAUAUUAAUAUGCAGUCCAUAAAUAUUGAAGAGGUAUUUCAGGAGAUUUAUUCAAAUUUCAGAAUCAUUGGAAAUUAUUUCUAUUUUUUCAGCAACUAAAAAGUACCAUCCCUUUCCAAAUCUAGUGCAUUAAUAUAUAUAUAUAUAUAUAUAUAUAUAUAUAUAUAUAUAUAUAUAUAUAUAUAUAAAUCAUGACUAUAACUUAAUCAUCCCCGUCUGAUCAGCUUGUGCCUUUUUAGAAUUGUUUGCCUAUGCCUCAGUGAGACAGAAGUAUUGGAUGUAUUGUUAAAGCAGUGAAUAUAGUGUUAAACUGAUCUAAAGUACUGUUGAUGCUUUUGAAAUUGCACUCAAUUCACAUUAUACAGUUUGAAUACUAACUUCAGUAGUGCUACAAUAUUGCUUGGUAUAUAGUUGUUAUUUAUGUUUGCUGGUGCAUUUGUUUAAUCUUUGGACUUUUCAGCACUUAUGCAACACAGUGACAUGUUGUUCAUGUAGUUUAUGAUAUGACAAUGUAUUAUUGCUAUGAUAACCUAAAGUCAUUUGUAAAUGUUAUGCAGUUAGAUGACUAUGUAAAGCACUUUCUACUGAAGUAAUUGACUGAUGCUGUGCAGUUGAUAUUUGGGCUAUUUGGAAUCAUUGUAUGACUGAUUUUAUCAAAUGGCACAACAUUCCAGCCACUGUUUAGUCAAUUAUAUGCACAUAAAUAUACACAUGGUGUUGGGUAGUAAAGGAUUACAUAUCAACUAGAUUAUGUAUUCAGGUUACAAAAAUGAUGGACUACAUAUAAACAGGAUUAUGCAUUCAGGUCAUGAAAAAGUAAUAAGGCAAUCAACCCAGAAUGCAUUAAAAUCUAUUUAUUUACAGACUAAUUUUGUAAACAUUACGUAGUCACGUUCUGUCUGAUAAUAAUCAUAUUUGAUUACAAAAAAUAAGUAUUGUAUGUUUACAUUUUUUCACAUUCUAAGCCAUUGAAAUCAUUAAGUAUAAUGUAGCUAGCCAAAACAUUUUUCUAACAUGGAGCAAUUUAGGCACAACAUUUUCAUAUUUCUUAAAGCAUAUCUUAAUUAAUCUUGAACUACACCUGCCUAAUAACUGAACAUAAUAAUAAAAAAAGGUCAGAUUAUGUUGUAUUUUUCAUAAAUCCAUAUUUAUAAUCAGUGCCUGAGUACAUUUUCUAAGUAAUCUGCCCAACACUACACAUAUUCUCAUGAACACACAAGCACCUACAUACACACAAGCACACAUGCACUCACGCCAAGGUAUACACACACACACACACACACAAUCAUGUACUGUAAUUAUUUUUUUCUAGUGUGUCCUGUGUGAGAACAAACGAACAAGAAUUGAUGUCUGUACAAGUUUUUUUCUUGACAUCAGAUUUGAAUUGAACUGUGUUUGAUUGUAUACAGUUUUAAGGUGCAAUUGUUUUUAAAUGUCUCAACAUGAAAGUAUUGUAUUAGACAUAGAGAGGAAAUAUAAAUUAGUAUGAUAUUUUGGGACAAGAUCGAUCUAAUGUUCCAUUUUAGUGUUCACUUAAUAUAGGCUAUAGAUGAAAUUUAUAUUCAGUGAGUGUUAAAACAAUGAGCUCAUGAUAAGGUUAGUUAUAUGAAAGACUUUUUAUGUCAUGUUUACAUUAUAACUAAUAGUGUAUUUUGUUUCAUUUAGUUCAGUUGUAUUUAUUGCAUUUGAUAUAUCACCAAAUUCUGAUAUAUCUUACAUGAACAUCAUUCACAGGUAUUCAGAAAUAUUUAUUUAUUGCCCAUGAAGGCAGCUGAUUUCUCUAUGAUACUGUGUUUUUUUUUCUUUUCUGAUUACAAGAUGUCCAUAAGUAUAUUAAAGUUAUAUGAUAAGGAUUUGUCAGCAAUGUUCUUACCUCAAAUUACUUACAAAUAAAUGUUUAAUAAAGAAAACUGAUCAACUUUC